AUGUCUGGCAAAUCGAUGCUGUUCGCGGUGUUGAUCUGGCUGUCCCUGUGCUCAGUCCUCUGUUGGGCCAAGCCGAUGGGUGUCGCAUCUUCCCGGCCACUUGGCGCCAAUCUUGCAAAGGAGCCUGCUGUCAUCGGUAGAGAAGACGCUCCGUACAAAGUCAAGAACCUAGAACUGGAAGCUCAAGUACAAAGUCGGGUCUUCUACAAGUCUUAUCCUAUCCUCGACACCUUAACCACCGAUCCAAAAGUGAUGGACUAUGCCCGGAAAAAGUAUGGCGCUGUGUGGCUCAGACAGCCCAACUUGCAUUCCGCAAGCCCAUCUUUUGUGUUUGACUUGUAUAAAGACGGCAAGCCAGCGGUUCAAACCGACCAUGCUCUAUCGACACUUCUACAGGAGCACAUGAAUCGCGCUAGGGAGGUCGCACAACACUACGGCGAUGCCGCCAAGCUGCUUACAUACGGACCUCCUUUCAAGUCUCGUUCUUCUCGCAUUUACUUUUGGGACCAGAUUUGGAACAAUAAACAUGUUGUUCCGAUCCCGGCGCACAAGACUGGCGCAGAGUGGCUUGAAAUUCGAAAGACUCUGCAAGAGAACAAGAGGAUCCUUCUUCACGAUCCGUCUCGAGAGACGCUGAUGGCAUUCAGGCUAGAUCGUCUCGGCAACGUCGAAAUGGAUGUCAAACAACUGGCACAUUCAAUUAGGAAGCGAAGCAAUCAGAUUUCUGAUAAGCCUGAUCCCCUUGGCAAACGCAUGUAUGUCGGAUCUUCGUUGGCAUAUACCAGCCAGACAGACAACAUCCAUCCUUACCAAUACUAUGUAGGCCCUAGGGCCAGGUUCCAGUAUCGUCAGCCUACUCGAGCCUUAACGGAAAAAGCAAGACAGCAGAUGUUCGCCGACACAAUCUAUCACGACGGAGCUCCUAUUCUUGUCGGCGGACAGGUGUUCGAGUCCAAAGUUCAGCAUGCCUUCAACGCACACAGACAUAUUUGGCUGACGACUGUCGUGCCUGGAGGCGAGCCUCAAGAAUACCAGCCGCCCGUGCGAUUGAGCCGCGAAGGCAGAUUCGACUCUCAUGGUGCAGAGCGUGCUUCAGCACGUCUUGCAGAAGCCGCUGCGGCUCGCGCCGAGUAUGGCCACAAGCUCAUGUAUCUUAAAUAUGGAAUGCCGUUUGCACCUCGUCAGUCAAGCAGAAUUGCAUUCCUCCCGUUCGGACGAAAAUCUUACUCCAAGCCGGACUGGAAGAAGGUAGACCAUAAAGGGACAACUUUCAACCUAGCUGAAACGGAUAUCUACCGACUACGUCAGCAUCUGGACCAGCACAACUUUUUGAAGGCCGAGGACAACGUCGCCAACAAGGUGUGGGGUUUGCGACUCGACGCAGCUGGUCAAGUCGAGAUAAAAGAUCUCACAGCCAGAGUUCAUGCGCUUCACAAACGCAUGGAUUCCGACGCGCGGAGGUACAUAGAGACCUACCUGGUUGCCGGAGUCCCAGAAGAUCCGCGCCUCAGACCUCUAUCAGACACAGCCAAAGGUCGUUUCUAUGCAGACCAUUUGCACAUCCAAGGAGAGCCAGUGUUCUUUCCAGCUACUGACCCUCACGUCUUCUCCAAGGUGAAACAGGCUAAGCAUGACUAUCGAGGCUACUGGAUCGUUGGCAGCCCUAUCGAUAAUCCAGGAUUGGUCACCGCGACGCGCGUCGACUCUGUUACCAGAGCAACCGCCAGAUUCGGAAGUCAAGACGUUGUCCGGAAUGUCCAACACAUGCAGACACUUUCUGAUCCAGCUCAACGUGAUACGAUCCUCCUCGAAAAAGGUCCUCCGUUUGCCCGACGCAAAACGAGUCUCUUCAAAAGCUACAAGACCCCCAGUUGGGACAAGGUCAGAGCAAAAGCCCCAAGGAUCGCCAUCAAUGAGCCAAUGGCAGACAAGUGGGAGCUGCUUCACACGCAUAACAUGCUUGUUGUUUCCAACGAGCAUGUAGCUAUGGGAUAUGCGCUCGACAAAUCCGGACAAGUUCUCCAUCACAUCUUGUAG